UGGUGACACGUAAAACUCGUUUCCUCUUUCCCUUCUCUCUUUACAUCUAUCAUUCGACGGAGAAAUUUAAAACCGAUUUCUCUUUCGUUCUCUGCGUUUAUCAUUUGCCUGAAACUUGAAAGAGAGAGAGAGAGAGAGAGAGCAAAAAUGUCGAAGAGAAUGAGGGCAAGAGGCAGAGGUGCGGCGUCCAGGAAGAGGGGUGGACUUGAAGGUGGAGUAGGAAUAAUGGAGGAUUUGCUGGAUAUUUCACCCAAACAACCUUCACCAUCAUCGCCGCCGCCGUCGCCACCUCCGGGAUUUUCCUCUCUGAGUACUCAAACUGUCUGCCGUGGAUAUGUUACUCGCCAGGCAAAGGCAUCAGGGUUUGCACGCUGUGGUGCACUCAGAUCAUUGCCUUCUACCACGAAGCGUGCCCAACGUAUUAUUCCAGGACCCAAAGAGAUAAAUAAUGAUGCUGCUCCACACAAUCUCCCUUUGGAUUUUGAGCACCGAACAGAGGUACUACUGCAAUUCAAGCUUACUACUUCAUUGUUUUGCCUUUUAAACAUCUUGAUGAAGUUUUCUCUUUUGAUGUUAAUUAUGAUUGAUUGUAAUGGGAAAAUUGUAAUUUAUAUAUGCCCUCAUGUAUAGCCCAAUUAUAAGUGGUAUAAAUGUUGCCCCUAAGGCCCUAAUUGUUUAAGUGUGUGUAUAGGGGCAACAUUUAUAAUGGGGAGGGACGAUAUAUGGACCUACACUUUCAGACGAUUCAAGAACAACAUUUAUACUACUUAGAAUUGAGGGGUGACAUUUAUAAUUGGUCUA